CUUUCAGAUUAAGACCAUCACCCCUGGAGAGACUCCUUCCAGUGACAAUGGUGGAGCGGGCGCGGCCACACAGCAAAUCCUUAGCAACUUUAUGCAGAUGUUCGGUGCUGAAGGGGGCGACGCCCAUCUCUCACUAAACGAAGACGUGACCAACACCAAUGUCAUGAAAGCCUUCGACGGAGUUUUGGAUCCAUUGGCCGCCGUUUGGACUGCGCUCAAUCUUAAUAUGGACACUCUCAGCGACAGUCGCCAUAGCGGCGGAGUGGGCGCAGAUAUGCACGGAGUGUUUGUGGACUCACUGCGCAAAGUGCCGAAAGUGCCCAAUAUCAGAGGCUCUAAUCUGGGUCUCACCCGGCGCAGAAGCAUGGCGUUACUGCUAGCGUCGGGAGGUGCAGCGAAGAAGCAACGGCAACGCGAUAUCACACGAGAGAGGAUUCUGGAGAUCCUGGAGAUGGUCUUUGUAAGGCAUCCGUAUCGGCUCGUUGAGUCGUUUAUGUUGACGUGGAAGGUGAAGAGUGACUCAGGACAUCUGUUUGUUCCUCCGGAUAGUGACCGAG